AUGGAUAAGAACCUUGCCUAUCCAGCACGCUCGCUGUCGGGGAUGCUAAAGAGGGAACUUGUGCAGGAGCUCCUGGAAGAACGAAAACGGGGUGCUGAAUAUGACCAGAAACUGGACGAGCUGGCGAUGAUGAGUGAGGUUCAAAAAGAAAAGGUUAAACUGCUAAAACAAUUGGAAGAGGAAAAUCAAAUAGCUGACGAUUUGCGCCAAAGGAUUGAGGCCCAUCAACUAACAAUCAAUUCCGAGAUGGCCGAGCUGGGGGCGAAGCUGCAGGAAAUAAGUCAAGAAAAUAGAUGCUGCAUUUGUUUAGCGCAAUGGUUGGCGAAGAGCGACCAUCGCCUGGUUUCCCUAAAAUGCGGCCACCUUUACGGGGAAAAAUGCAUUCGCACCUACUUGCAGCAGUCAAAUCGAUGCCCAGAAUGCAGGGUUCUAGUCCUCGAAAUAGACAUCCGUCCAGUCAAUCUUGUUAAAGCCUCAAAAUACAAGUGA